UUUUAUAUAAAGUAUUUUCCAAACUAACGAAAAAAAAUCAUCUGUGAAAAUGUCUUUUGACGCAAAUAAUAGUAAACAAUAUGCAACUGAAAAAUCUCACGAAGAAGAUGAGCGACCAAACAUAGAGAGCGGUGGAUCCGAUUCAUCGCUGAUGAAGAAACCUGUGUUCCGUAGUUUGGUUACCCGUUUGCAAAUAGCCUCCCGAUUGGCCAGAAAUCGGCGAAAUAGUUUCGAAGAAGAGAACGAUGUGGUGGCAGAUGAACAAGAAAUCAAAAAUUUUGCGCGAAUAACAUCUCCUUCAACAACAAAGAAGACAUCAUUUAGACCAAGAAAUCUAACUCUAAGACAGUUCAGUCAAAUCAGUAACGGAAGUAAUAGUAAAAAUUAUAAACAUUUUUUAAGAAAUGGAUCCAAAGUAUCCGAUCUUAGUGUUAAUGAAGACGAUGAGUACGAAAACGGUAUUAUCUCUGACGGUAUCAUUCAUUUCAGUAAUUGUCGACAACAGUUCUCAUACAAUGAGGCACAUCCCUUUCUUAGAGUGACUACCAGUGCGGACAUUGAAUUUGUAGCACAAGUAAUGCAUAAAUGUUGGACUCUUAAUGUACCUAAAAUAGUGACAUUCAUUUUGUCCAAUAAAUCUCAUUCAACGAACUGGACUAAUGAGAGACAGAUAAAAAAUUUUCAAAAAGGAUUGAUUAAAGCGGCGAUAUCAACAAAUAUGUGGAUUUUCACAAAUGGUAUCGACAGCGGUGUCGCCAAUUUGGUGGGAAAUGCAGUCAAGAAUGAGAUUAACAGAAUGCGAAUCAUGAAGACACUGAAGAAUCAUAACUUAACUAAUUUGAUUGGUAUUGUCGCUGAAGAAGAUCUCAGAUAUGGAGCUCUGUUGGCCAUCAAUAACAAAGAACAAAUUACGAUUGAAAAUGAGGGCAUAGUUGUUGAGGAAAGGUAUGAAUUGAACGACAAUCACACCCAUUUCAUUAUCAUCAAAGAUAGAUUGAAAUAUGAUAACUGUGUCGACUCUUUUAUUAUAAAAUUUGCUCAAUUACUGACACGACAAACACCUACCGAUAAACUACAAGCAUCGACACCCGACUCAUUGGACGCACCGUUUAGUGUUGAAGACACAGAAGUUCCAGUAGUUUCUAUAUUGAUUGAAGGCGACUGUCAAACAGUUAAACUAGUGGUCGAUCUCAUCAAACGACACAUACCAGUAGUUAUAUUAAGAGGUACUGGUGGUAUUGCCGACAUAAUAGCAUUUGCUUAUUUAGAAAUAUGUCAUCGAUGUCCUGAUCCCAAAUCGUGGGAUCUGGAGUUUAUCGACCAGUGUCUUAAACCAAUGCUGACCGAUAAGAUUAUACAAACAUUUAAUGAUCUGAAAGACAAUACAUUGACUCGAAAUCUUUUGAGAGACCGUAUCAUUGAAUGUGUGAGACUGUGUCGCACUGAGGAUAGGAUAUAUCUAACUGUUCUCAAUCUACACAACACAUCUUCGCGUAGCCUCGAGAACCUCAGUCAACAUCUAUUGUUAGCACUAUUAAAAUCAAGACAUACGAAACAAAUGAAUGAAAUGGUAUCGUCGGAGAACUUUUUGAAAGAUUUAGAGUUAACAAUGGACUGGAACUGUCCCGAAGUGGCCAACAAUAUGUUAUUUGUCAAAAACAGUGGCAAUACAUCAAAACUGGAUAAAAGUCUGUUUGAAUCGGCACUUAUACGACCAAAUCGUGAAGAGUUUAUCGAUCUGUUCCUAUCACUAGGCUUUCAAAUUCACAAAUUUCUAUCUCCAUCACGACUGAGCCGUAUUUUCAAAUUGAUUCACGACAACGACUUCUAUAGUAGUCAUUGUUGGGAAAACAUAUUGAGUCGACCAUCGAGUGUCAAACAGCCCAAAAACUUCAUCGAAAGUGACUUGAAUUGGUUGAUCGAGAUUCUGACCGGACUCGACAAUUAUGUCGACAUCAGACACCUGAGCUAUAAUGUUAUGGGUUUGAAUGACACCAAUUCAGAGUCAUCUGAAAGACGAGCAUUGAAUUUAUUAACAUUUUGGGCGGUUAUGCAGAAUCGUGAUAAACUGGUAAAAGUAUUUUGGAAGCACUCGGACCAUCCGGUGCACUUAGCACUGGUCAUAUCCAUGAUGUUUGACAGGCUCUCCUGGUAUGCCGUCGAUAAUAAUAUGAAGACUAAUUUGAGACAAAAAUCCCGUGAGUUCGCCGACUUUGCCAACGGCGCGCUCGACAUCUGUUAUAAUGAAGAUAUUACUCGAGCUAAUAAUGUACUCAAUCAGUCUAUCAGCGAUUGGGGCUACAAAACUGCAGUUGACAUUGCGGCAAACGCACAGUUACGUCAAUUUUUGGCUCAUCCAUGUUGUCAAAAGUUUCUGACCAAUACAUUUCUUGGAAAUAUUCGCAUUCGUGAACUCAAUUGGGGUAUAUUUACGGUUCCCGUUUCGAUCAAAAUACUGUUGUGUGCUUUCUUUAUAUUUCCAUUGUUUAUUUGGAUUCGUUUCAAGAAUAACGAUAUGGAUGUAUCAGAUAAUGGCAACAACGAAGAAGAAGAAAAUAUUUAUGACGACAUCUAUAGCGAAGACUACGCUCGAGAUGUUGUCGACAAUAGUAACGAACAAAUUGUAGAUCCCGUGACUAUCGGUUAUGUAAAUCCUAAGGAAGUGGUUGUGAUAUCUGACCCGAAAGCGACAACUACUAGCAGUACGGACACAAUAAUCAGUCGCAGAAAAAAUGGAUUUAAUUAUUCGUUAAAAAGCAAUCGUCUUUUUGUUGUAAAACAGCCGCCAUUAAGCCGAAUGUUGGUCACAUUUUUCUCGGCGCCCAUCACUAAGUUUUAUGUCUCACAACUGUUUUAUCUACUAUUUCUCCCACUGUUAUCGUUGUCAGCUAUAUAUCCGGGCUGUGGUUCCGGAAAAAUUGAUUUACUUGUAUGCAUUUGGACAACCGUACUGACCAUCGACUAUAUCCGGCGAACAUAUAUUCUCAUUAAGAAAUACACAGCCGUUCCCGUGUUUUUACGGUGUCUGGAGAUCAACUCAGUCAUUGUGUUUAUAAUAUUGUUUUCUCUGACCCGAGUAUUCAAUAUACAUGUGAUCACUCCAUAUCAGCAAAAGUUAAUGUUAUGUGCGGCCGUACUAUACUUUUAUUACCGAUUGAUUGGCAUAUAUUUGCCGAUCUCUCCAACAUUAGGUCCACUUUUACAUCGUCUAAAAUUGAUGAUUACUGUCGACUUUGUGAACUACAUGCGUAUCGCACUUCUCAUAAUUUUAAGUAAUAUGAUUGUCAUGCAGGCUGUCCUCUAUCCCGAUACCGAACUCUCUGUCGAACUCUUUCACAAAGCUUUUCACAGAGCCUUCUUUGCCCUAUUCUUGACGCCCGUCACUGAACUCGAGACCAAUGAGUAUUGCGAAGAAAAUGGUGUCUAUAAAGGAGAUGAAGAUUAUUGUACGAUAACAGGCAAAUACAACAUGACUUCGUGUGCCAACACCGGUGUCUGGGCCUAUGCUUUCUUUAUUCAGUAUUUGGUUUUUCUCAAAUUGAUUCUCUCGACACUAUUGAUGGCCAUAUUUGCCGCAACAGCGUCUAAGUUGUCGACCGAAACGGACAAUAUCUGGAAGUUUCAGCGCUAUCUUCUUGUUAUUGACUUUGAAAACCGGUUACCACUGCCGGCACCCUUUAGUAUCUUGAAUUACAUUUACUUUAUAUUCGUAUAUUUUAGAGAUUUGAUCUGCAAUUUUAGCCAAUGCUGUAUAAAUAAAAAGACAAACAAAGUGUUUAUAUUGAAUAGUAAAGACUCUCAGGAAAGAAAUAAACUGACGCCUGAAGAGUGCGCUUAUUGGAGACAAUUAGCUUCAGAUUUUAUUAAGGAAUUGCAUGAAAAGGCUGCCAGAGAACAGAUACCAUUAAAACAAUGGGAACAGAUUCAAGUGAUGAGUGAAGAUAUGGAAUAUCAAAAGAAAAUUCUUAGAGAAAUCAAGAGUAAAGUCAAAGAACUGGAGAGAACUAUAUAUCGCGAAAGAUUUGUCAGUAAUGUCAGUAAUAGUGUUACCGAACAAACCUCAGGGUCAGAGAGUACAUGUCUUUCUCAUUACUCUCCCUAUCCAUCGACACAAAUAAAACGAGUUCCGCUUUCAGAGCAGUAUAUUCCGUGGGAAGUAUUGCACACCGAUUACGAACCAAUUGCUUACAGUAAGACCAUCGAUGAGUUUCCUAAUGAACUGAAAGGUUAUGUUGACGAAGACAUCAUUCAUUUAAAUGAAUUAAAAUCACGAAAUAGUGGUUUAAGAGUUAAAUUACCAAAAUAUGAGUGGAAUUCAAUGGAAAAGACGACAAGUGAUGAAACAAUUAAUCGUAUUUCAUGGAUGAUCAAUGACAAUGGAUCUUCAGUACUGUAUAAACUUGAAGAUAAUUUAAUUCCUCGCAAUCCAUUUGGUCGAACAGGUCUUAGAGGACGGGGAGCUUUUCCGCGUUGGGGACCUAAUCAUUAUGUAAUACUUGUGAUUACUCGAUGGCAAAAACGAUCAAAAUCUCCAUCUAAAGUCAAGAAUCUAGAAUUAGUUGUCGAAACCGUUGUAUCCAAUGAUCAGUAUUGCUUACCAGAGCGUUUUGUAAGCGGUGACGACCUGUUCGGUGAAAUACAGAAACUGUUCAAAAUUGAGUCCAUUAGACAUCAGUAUUGGGUUUUGCCAGAAGUGGUAAACUUUUUUAAGAGCGCCUGCAAACAGUCGUCGACUGAAUACUCAAUGGAGAGUGUGUUUGAUUUUAAACUAAUACAUAACGGAUAUAUUGAUGACUACCUGAAUACGGACAACGCCUGGAAAGAGGCCAAAGUCUGGCAAAUCCACUAUAAAUGUGUCGAUUGUCUUAAACAACGAUUCGAUGAGCGAAGACUCGAAUGGAGAUUACUGUCAGACAGUCUUUUCUCGAAAAUGCCUUUAAGUCACAGUCGAGUCGUUAAAUCAUUGGUCGACACUUUAAAUGCAGAUAUUAUUUAAUUU